GGUGUCAAGCGUAUCUCGGGCCUCAUCUACGAGGAGACCCGCGGUGUGCUCAAGGUCUUCCUGGAGAACGUCAUCCGUGAUUCCGUCACCUACACUGAGCACGCCCGCCGCAAGACCGUCACGGCUCUUGAUGUCGUGUACGCUCUGAAGCGACAGGGCCGCACUCUGUACGGCUUCGGUGGUUAA